CGCCUUUGCCGCCACCCUCAUCUCUCUCUCUCUCUCUCGCUGGCUCGUGAUAUCCCUUCUGUCCAUUGAUUCCCAAUGUCAAAAUUCCCAUCUUGCAUUCAAAAUAGUGCUUUAAAUCAAAAUCAAUAGUUUCUACCUCCCAAUCUGAAAAAAAAAAAAGUUUUUUUUUUCCAGAAUUUCCUUCCUUUCAAUGCUCGGCGAACAAGAUCCAAACCCAUUUCUUGCGUUCUUCACCAAUCCCUCAUAACUCCCAAUCCACAACGCGGAGCGUAACGGUGGCCGGAGGAAUGGAGGACGAGGACAAGAAGGCAACAGGCUGCUGCCUUUUCGUCCUUUACAACUCCUGCUUCCGUCGCCACCCGGUCCCCGUCUCUCCCCUUAACCCCAUCUCCCCAUCAGCCGUCUCCAAAGGUAGCAUCCACAAUUCCAAUGCUCGGCGCCCCAUUCCCAACCAAACUUCCGCCGUCUUCCCCUACUCCAAACCCCCGACCGCCGACCAAACCAAGUUAACACCACCCGGCGGCAUUUCGAGGCCGGGAAACGGCGGCAUAUCCUCUGAACUAGACAGCAUGAUCUACGACUACCAACGCACCAAGGGGAGCAGCACUCUCGUCCGCGCCUCCUCCGGCAAUUUUAUGCUCUACGGUAAUUUGGGAAAUCUUCGCGCCCCUGGUGCUGUCACGCCCAACCGCAACAUUCUUGAAUACCUCCCGAAGACGGCCAAGGAGAUGGAGAAGGCGAGGGGUGGAGGAAAGGUUGAGGCGUCGUCCUCCAUUUGCCGGGCGCUGUCGAGAAGGCUCGACCCGGAGGAGCUCAAGGAGAUGGGUAACGAGGAGUACAAGAACGGGAGAUAUGCGGAGGCCGUUGCGUUCUACGAGAGGGCUAUCUUGAUUGAUCCUGAGAAGGCUUCUUACCGGAGUAAUAAGGCGGCGGCGCUCAUGGGCCUCGGCCUCCUUCUUGACGCCGUGGAGGACUGCAGAGAGGCUAUUAGGAUUGAUCCUUAUUAUUUCAGAGCGCAUCAGAGACUUGCCAAUCUCUAUCUCAGAUUGGGAGAACCAGAAAGAGCAGCUAAACACUAUAAACUAGCGAAAAAUGAAGCAAGCUAUGAUGACAUCUCGCAUGCAAAGGACAUACAGGUUUUCAUUUGUAAGUGCAGUGAAGCGAGGAAAUCAAGGAACUGGAAUAUUUUGCUAAAAGAGAGUCAGUCUGCAAUUUCUGCUGGUGCUGAUUCAUCUCCUCAGAUCUUUGCCUACCAAGCUGAGGCCUUAUUGAUGCUCCGCAAGCUGGAAGAUGCAGAGGAAUCAAUGAUUGAUGCGCCCAAAUUUGAGACUGCUUCUUCAACAAAGUUCUUUGGUGCCCAGAGCAACGCAUAUUAUCUUUCGGUAAGAGCACAGGUUGAUAUGGCUGAAGGAAAAUUUGAAAAUGCAGUUUCAUUAGCUCAAAUGGCGGCACAAAUAGAUCCUGGAAGCAGGGAAAUUGCUGCUGUUGCUCGAAAGGCUCGAUCAGUUGCAUCAGCUCGGUCAAUGGGUAAUAAUCUUUUCAAGGCCUCCAAAUUUUCUGAGGCAUCUCUUGCCUAUGGCAAUGGCCUUAAACAUGACCCUCAGAAUGCAAUCCUACUAAGCAAUCGAGCUGCUUGCCUGUCUAAGCUUGGUGAAUGGCAAAAAGCCAUUGAAGAUUGCAAUGCUGCUCUUAUUUUACGACCAAAAUACAGCAAGGCUCGCCUAAGGAGAGCAGAUUGUAAUGCCAAGAUGGAGCGGUGGGAGGCAUCUGUAGAAGAUUAUGAGGUAUUGGUUCUUGAAAUGUCGGGAGAUAAGACAGUAAUCAAAGCCUUGCAGGAAGCUAAAGAACAUCUCAAGAGAAAGAGUGUUGAAGGAAUUUUAGAGGCUGCAAAUGGCUCUGAGGUCAGACAUCUCACCAACAAAGACCAGUUUCAUGGUGUUGUCAAAUCACCUGGUGAAUAUGAGGGGAAAAUAUUGCUUAGCAUUGCCGGAAACGGUGAGCUCAGUGCCUAGCUUCAAAGUAUACAAGAAUGGCCUCAGUUUCAGACAUCAGAGAUUCUAACCUUGAUCAGCUAGAAAGAACAGUCCAAAGUUUCAGCACUUGAAAGAAGAUUUCUAAAACAGCCAAGGUUGAAUGCUAUGGUGAAGGCAAAGCAAUUUUGAGAAAUAGAUUGUACAUCUAACUUCAGAGUUUAGAAGCCAUGAAAGGACACGAUGAAGCAAACUCAAUGCCUUCUAGCUUAGAAUCAAAUAUUCUCUGUUAAAAUUCAACCUAAAGCAUUGUCAAAGAUCAAGGAAACAGGAUUUAAACAGAAUGCUGAAAGGUAUGAAACUUUGUAUCAGUUAGCUUCAUGGUGGUUUUAUAUGUAUAUUUCUACAAGAUAUCUAAUCAAUAGACCAUUUAGAAGUUAUUGUCCUGUUGUGAUUGGAGAAAUUUAUGUUAGCAGAUAUGAUUGUUGUUUCUUUAGGCUAGGUUUGGAUGAAAGGAAAGUGAAGUAAAAGAAAUCCGGUGAACUGUAGGUUGAUCAAAAUUUGUAAUCACAAAUUUGAAAUCUGCUACCCUUUUGAACUGUUCAAGUCAAUUUCCUUAUAUGUU